GUUAAUAAAUUGAUAAUAAUUUAAUAAAAAAUAUAAAGAAUUCAAGAUGAAUAUAGAUAUGUAUAUUGAAAAAUUAUAUAAAAAGGAACUUCUUAGUGAAGCGAUUAUUGAAGGGAUUUGUGAGAGUGUAAAGAUGCUUCUUAUAAAAGAGAGUAAUGUUGUUCAUAUAUGUUCACCGGUUACAGUAGUUGGAGAUAUUCAUGGACAAUUUUAUGAUUUAAUUGAGAUUUUUAAGAUUGGGGGAUUUUGUCCAGAUACUAAUUAUCUUUUUUUAGGAGAUUAUGUUGAUAGAGGGCUUUUUAGUGUGGAAACUAUAUCAUUACUUGUAUGUUUAAAAUUAAGAUAUCCAGACAGAGUUCAUCUUAUACGUGGAAAUCAUGAGUCACGAAGUGUGACACAAACAUAUGGAUUUUAUACAGAAUGUAUUCGUAAAUAUGGGAAUGCAAAUGUAUGGCAUUAUUUUACGGAUAUGUUUGAUUUUUUAACGUUAUCUGUUAUUAUUGAUAAUAAAAUAUUUUGUGUUCAUGGGGGAUUAUCACCAUCUAUUCAUUCUAUUGAUCAAAUAAAGAUUAUUGAUCGUUUCCAGGAAAUACCACAUGAAGGACCUAUGGCGGAUUUAGUAUGGUCAGAUCCGGAUCAAGACAAGAAUGAUUUUUCUAUUUCACCAAGAGGAGCAGGUUAUACAUUUGGCAUUGAUAUUGUACAAAAGUUUCUUGAAAUUAAUAAUAUAGAACAUAUUUUACGUGCACAUCAAUUAUGUCAUGAAGGAUAUCAAGUUUUAUAUGACGGGAAAUUAUCUACAGUAUGGUCUGCACCAAACUAUUGCUACCGUUGUGCAAACCUUGCAUCCAUAUUAGAAAUAUAUGAUAAUGGCCAAAAAAAAUUUAAUAUUUUCGAUGCAGCACCAGAAAAUGAACAUGAUAAUCCAUCUACUCAAAAUAAUCAAACCAAGUUAUCUGCUGAAUAUUUCCUAUAAUUAGAAUCUGCAUAACAUAUAA